UGUCUCUCGCUGAAGCGGUGAAAAGAAAUCGAAGUAAUCUGCUGGUCGAUAGCUCCUUGGUAGCGACCGCGGCGUUUAUUCGGAACCGAGCGCUAACCGCGUGUGCACACGCAGUUCGGUAUCCAAGGCGGAUGGGGCAGGCUUGUGCCUGGCCAUCUUGUUCACACACGCCAAGUUCUUCGGAAAAUUGGUGGCUAAAUUCCCUGUUGGACAGUUUCUAAGAGGAAAAAAGUCAUGCACUGGAAACAGUACACAGACGGUCUAUGCAUUGUGGGUCUAGGUGGGGGAUCAUCGCCUGCCUAUCUCACCAGGAGUGCAUCGACGUCAAGGGCGUCUGGCCGCCUCGCCACUUUGCAAAACUCCCAACGUCUCUUUGUCAGCCCUAAGGGCCGAAAUACGUCUCACGCAAAUCAGUCCCCGGCGUCAAUAGACGAUGCACUGCCCGAAAUCGCCCCGGGCGUGCCUCGAACGAUAGACAUCGACAUCGGCGUACAGGGAAAGGCCAAAACAAUUCACCCAUGCAUAGUCAGUCCCAGGGACGUAGGUACGCCUGUUGUCUCUGAUGAGGGGCCAUUGUACCGAGUAAAACAAGGGGUUUCCGAGAAGACUGACUCUAAAUCAAGCACUGGCAGUGAACUGAGGUGCCCUCAGCCGGCUGUUCAUCACAGCUACCCGCAGCAUGCGCUGCGGACUCGGUCGCCGGCUUCCAACAGCGUGGCCUCCUUUGGGGAUCUCAGCAUCACUUCCGUCAGUCUGUCUUCCAGGACCGUGCCCUCACGAAAGUCCGACCCAGAGAUCGGCAGUAGCGUCAAAGACGGCGAGAGUGAGUAUUUAUCCGAGAUCCUAGGGGAGUACGUUUCACUGUCCCCGUCACCAGUGAAGGGAUCUCCCCAAGAGGCGACGCCACGCGGAACGCCCAAGCGACCUUCUACCAACUACCACUCGAAGCUACUUCACAUGAGGUCUCUACUUAGAGACAACGGCCAGCCCUCCGACUCAGUCACCACCCAAACGGUGGACCUGGAGAAAGACAACAUAAAGUCCUUCAAGAAGCUUCUUGUUCUGACGCAGAUUCCCAAGACGUCCAAAAGUCCCAAAUCGAAACUAAGCAAUGAUUCUUGCGCCGUGAUCAGCGAAUCUUCAGCGUCAGCUUCGUCCACCGAUAGCGCCCACCGGGAACGGAACAUGCUGCUCGGGUUACAUCAGCUGUCACGGCAACACACGGCCAGGAGAAACAGCAAUCCGGGGGCGAAUAGAAUCGAUGCCGACUCUUCAGUUCUGGGGCCGGAACAGCCAUUUGUACAACCAAGCCCACCGACGAUGGACGAGCGCCCAGUGAAGACAAUGGUGGAUCAAUGGUUGGGGGACUGUCCAGUUGUAGGGAAUCGAAUGGAAUUAGACUCGACAAAAAGAAGAAUCGAAUUCAGCGUGCCGAGCAUCGAGGAGGAAGCAGAAACUUGACUUGAGGUGUUGGAGGUGUCCUCAAAAGUUGGACGUGCGUAACCAAAGCAACAAAUGGUAUUAGAAUCAAUGUGCUGAAGUGCGCCCUCUAUUUUUAAUGAUGUAACCAGGUGCAAUUAUUGUAAAUUCCGAAGACAGUCACACGAUGAGGCAUGCAAAGUCUUCUUUAUUCUCCAAGAUGAAUUUCGAUCUUGUCCUUUUUUCAAGGAUCAGUUCAUGUUUGUUUAUACUAUACAAAGUUGAAAUAAAAAUGUAUGGUGUGGAGUGAA